AUGAAGAGCCACGACCCGGCCGCCGCAAAACCUUUACAACAACAAACUCACCUUUGUAACCUUAAUAUGCGGCCCAAGGGAACGCGUUCAUUCGGACCCGGCAACACCUCGCCACUCCUGCCACAUGAGGACAUGGACACUCUGGGUCUGCGCGGCACGACAAGUUACGCCCCGCCCCCCAAAGCGAGCCUCAGGGCCUACUUUCGAGCUGAGGCGACGAGAGGUCCAUCAGGCCAUGAACGCCGUCGAAGCCGCUCCCCUCCACAGAUCACAUCUGAUCGGUAUCGUUCCCGGUCUCCCAUGCUAGACGACGAUGACUUCGCCAUUCCCGGUUACUCCGUCGACGAAGAUACCAUCAUGAUGGACAGCCCAGUCAAUCAGCGUCCAUCAGUCAAUCAACGCAAGGAGACUACCAGCAGAGACCGUGGGCGAGCACCAUCUCGCUGGGUUGAGACACGCAAACCAACUUUAGCCACACCGCCAACAGCUUACGACCUUCGUCGAUAUGCCGAACAUGUCUACAAAACGCACUACAAGCAGUUCAUCAACGGCGCAACCGGCAAGGUCUCUCCCUCCAAGUACGGAGCAGGGCAGCAUCAAGAUUUUGGCCUCUGCUUCACCACUUUCUUGACGCGUUACCCCUGCGAGAUCGGGUUGGGCUGUCCAUGGCGUCACCACCCACUGUCCAAGGUCGAACGAAGAUGGAUGGUCGAGAACAACGAGGAGCAUGGAAAAAAGUUCCUGGCGCAUGUGAAUCGUUGCUGGCCGUCGCCUGACGUUCCUCUCCCAGGAGCCAACAUGCAUGACCAUGGCGAGAACUAA